AUGUAAUAAGAGUUCAAAUUGCCAUAAAAGAUUAUUUAACUUUAUGCAAAAUAUUAGAAUAAAUCAUAGAAAGUGAAAAAAUUCCAGCUUCAAGAACAUACUUUUAUGUUAGAAGACAAUUAUUCACCAGUUGAAAUCAUCGGAAGUGGUGCAUAUGGAUGUGUUAUUUAAGCUGAUGAUAAAAAUGCAAAGGUCGAGAAGGAUAGAUAAGUAGCUAUUAAGAAAAUCGAAAGAGCAUUCGAACAUAGAUUGUAUGCAAAAAGAACUCUAAGAGAAUUAAAGAUUCUCAGGUUGAUGAAACACGAGAAUAUCGUGGAAUUAAAAACUUUGCUUCUUCCAAAAUCUAGAGAAGAAUUUGAAGAUGUUUAUAUGGUUACUGAAUUAUUGGAAACAGACUUGGCCCAAGUGAUAAAAAGCGAUUAGGUAUUGACAGAUGAACAUAUCCAAUUAUUCUUAUAUUAAAUCCUAAGAGGGCUCAAAUAUUUACAUACUGCAGGAAUAUUGCAUAGAGAUUUAAAACCUAGAAAUUUAUUGUUAAACAGGAAUUGCGAUUUAAAGAUCUGCGAUUUUGGAUUGGGUAGAGCAAUGGCUGAUCCAUCCUCAUCAAACAAUGCAAACAUUAUGACUUAUUAUGUUGAGACUAGAUGGUAUAGAGCACCAGAAUUGUUGGUGAGUUUCAAGAAUUAUACUCCUGCAGUUGAUAUAUGGUCAGUCGGAUGCAUCUUGGCAGAAUUGCUAUUGAGAAAACCCUUUUUAAGGGGAGAUUCCACUAAAAGAUAAGUCAAGUUAAUAUUUGAAUUGUUGGGAACACCGAAUGAGGCUUACAUAUAAUCAUUCUAAGACGAAAAAGUUUAAAAUAAUUUGAGAAAAGUCAUUAAAGAAACAGGACCCAAAUAAGGUAUUCCAUUGGAAUAAUUAUUCAAAAAUGCUUCUAAAAAUGCUUUGGAUUUAUUAAGGAAGCUGUUGACAUUUGAUUACAGAUAAAGAAUCACAGUUCAGCAAGCCUUAGAACAUCCAUAUUUAGCUCAAUUGCACUUUGAAGCCGAUGAGCCAAGUGCUUAACUUGUUAAUUAAUUAGAAUUCGAAUUUGAAAAGUAUGAAAUGACAAGGGAAUAGAUUAAAGAUCUUCUUUAUGAGGAAAUAUUAUUAUAUCAUUUUCCUGAAUUCUAAACAUCUUAUGAAGCUAAAAAGAAAUCUGGAUAGAGUUUGAUAUCACAUGUAGUAAAUAAUGAGAACGCUAAAAUUUUUGAUCCCACAGCUGAUGAUGAUUUAGAUAGGGAUUGAAUAUAAUAUUAUGAUAAAUUCAAUAGUAUCUUAUUAUUAUA